CUUGAACUAGCUCCUCUGGACUCUUCUGGACUCCUCGCGGUGCAAUUAGAGAAUCGAUGUGUCCUUCAAUAUGGUUGAAGUCAAUCGAUAUCCGGGUCACGGGCUGGAGGACAGAGGAGCGAGGAAAAAUGAAGCAUCAAUUUGAGUAUUGAGAAGCACCCCUGGAAUCCUGAAGUUACCCCUGUCAUGCAUAUUUGAGAGCUUUCCUGCUCUAACACACUCAUUUCGCUGUUUAGUUGAUGCUCCAGGACCAGGAUUGGAAACCUGUGCACUAGUUUUUCUCCAGAUGGCCAACCUGGCAACUCGGAGUGAGUGGCGACAAUAAUAACGUAAUUUCCGGUUUGGAGUACCACAGAAGGCAAAAUGGAAGGAAGAAACAUUGAUGAGUUGAAUGCUCGGCUUCAAACGCUGGAAAAGCGUGUGUACGGCGAGCGUGGACAAAAUAAUAAACCAGUUAAGUGUGUUGAAUCUUUGGUGAGGAUCAAUUCUGCCCUUGCAAACACAGCAAACAAGAGAGAACGAGUCAAGAUUCUUCACAAGAAAAUUGAAGAUCUGCUGAAGUAUAUAGAUCCACAGUUCACAGACUACAUUGCUGUGCCAGAUGCAAUGAAACUGGAGUUUAUCUUAGCAGAGGAGGACUUCCUGCGCUCUCAGGCUGCUUUGCUGGAUCAGGUGAAUAACCUGCAGCCUCUGCUGGAUAGUCCGCAUAUUAAAGCUGUUCCUGAGCUUUCUACCAAAGUGCAACGACUGUCUCAAAUUCACAUCAGUCAGCAGGACAAAAAUGAAGAAUUAUCUGUGGAUGUGAAAAAGCUGUUUGAAGAAUACAACAAAAUGAUGUUUCUGUUGUCUAAACAGUUUACCCAGUGGGAUGAAACCCUGAGGAAACUGGAAGCACCCAAACAAGUCCAGUUAACUGAUUAGUGCAACAAUGCUUAAUUUUUGACACUAAGUUAAUAAUGUCAUUUUUUCUUCUUGUUUUGUUGUACAUAUGUUCCUUAUUAGCUUAUGAUGACUUUGCAACUGUUUAAUAUGGUUUUCAAAGAUGAAUUGCACUCACAGCAUGCAGUCAUUGAUGUACUUUACAUUAUUAGCUUUAGUAAUAAAGUAUAAUUAGUAUACCCUUA